AUGCGUCUGUGUGGACACGGCCUGAAGAUCACAUCCAGGACCGUCACACCCCCGCGAUGCCCCAGCCGUGUCUCGAGCGUCGCCGCCGGCCCUACGCCGUGCCUGCGAGCCUACAGCUCCCCUUCCUCGCCCACCGAUGAUGUAGCAAUCAUUGGCAGUGGCAUCACGGGCCUGGCGUGUGCUUACUACCUCACCAAGGACCUUCCCAAGGCCAAGAUCACCAUCUACGAAGCUUCGGAUCGCCUGGGUGGCUGGCUCUCCUCCACCCGUGUGCCAGUGAAGGAUGGCUCCGUGCUCUUCGAGGCCGGCCCGCGCACCCUGCGCCCGACUUCCAAUGGGCUGUUGUCUGUCAGGUUGCUUCAAGAACUGGGCCUGAGUGGUGAAGCGAUCCUCACCUCUCACCGAUCUCCCGCCGCACAGAACCGCUACAUCUACUGGCCCAACCAUCUCGUCCGCCUGCCGCAUCCCUCCUUUGGGCUCGUCGAGAACUUCUCCAGCGUCAUUCGCGAGCCGCUGUUUAAGGGAUCCAUCUGGGCCACGCUUACCGAAUUCGCAAAACGCGCUCGGAGUCCUGACGUUCAAGAUGAGAGCUGUGGUGAUUUCUUCUCCCGGCGAUUGAGCAAGCCUUUUGUAGAUCGGGUACUCAGCGCCGUCAUCCACGGCAUCUACGCUGGCGAUGUGUGGAAGCUGUCUGCGAGAAGCCUCUUCGCGGGCGCGUGGAGAGAUGAGCUCUUACAUGGCAGUGUGUCCGCCGGCGCCUUGAAGAACAGCCGAGAUGGCAUUACUAUCACGGCGCGAGAAGGGGAUUUUCUGCAGGAGAUGAAAAGCUUCCAAUGGGAGGAGCCCUGGAAGUUCCUGCUGGGCAGAACCUCGGUAUUCACGCUGAAGGAUGGACUAGGCUCUUUGACUGACAAUCUGGCUCGCCACUUGGUCCGCACGGGAACUGUGACCUUCAAAUCCUCGACCAUCGUGCAAGGGAUCGCGAAGGAUUCGGAGCAGGGCGGUGUGCUUGUGUCUACCAUUGGCGCGCCACAGCCUAGGAGGCACGGAACUGUCAUUUCGACUUUGGCUCCAGGCAAGCUGAACGCAAUGAACAGCCAGUCCGCGAGCCUGGUGCCCGACCUGCCUUCGGUAGCAGUCAUGACGGUCAACAUGUAUUUCCGCACACCGAACCUCGCACCGAAUGGGUUCGGAUAUCUCAUUCCCCAGGCGACGCCGUUUGAAAACAACCCGGAGCGAGCGCUGGGAGUCGUCUUUGACAAUGCGUACUCUCCGUCGUCAGUAGACGCGGACAACGCGAAUCAAAUAUCCGGGCAGCUCGAUCAGGCCAAUGACCCCAGCCUGAUGGCGGAUAUCGGUGGGUUCAUGUGGCACAAUCGACCCGAGCGGCUCAAGACGCAAGACGAUGUGCCGUUGCGCGGAACGAAGCUGACCGUCAUGCUUGGCGGGCACUGGUGGGAUGGCUGGCCCGCCUAUCCCGACCAACAGGAGGGCCUCGCGCUGGCGCGGUCGGUGCUCGAGCGCCACCUCGGUAUCAAGGAGGAGCCGGAGGCGUGGCAGGUGAACUUACAGAAGGACUGCAUUCCGCAGUACAUCGUGGGCCAUCAUGCACGACUGAAGGAGGGACACAACAGUCUUUGGCGCGAGUAUCGGGGCCGACUACGGGUGGCGGGGAGUUGGAUGUACGGAGUGGGGGUGAACGACUGCUUUCGGUCGGCGUAUGAGGUGGUGCGCGCGCUGCGGGAUGGCAGAGAUGGCACUGGGUUGGAGCAUGUGGGUGCGCCGGAAACGGUGCGUCUGCAGCCGAAGAGUGGUCGGGAAAGCGAGGAGAAGCAAUAG